UUCAAUGUAAUUAUUUUGUUGCAGAUGAACCGACGCGUUCCUUGAGUGGUCUCAUCUUGAAGAAUAAUGUAAAAGCACAUUUUCACAACUUUCCAAAUGGGGUAACUGACUUCAUUAAAAGUGAAUGUCUGAACAACAUUGGUGAUUCCUCCCCCUUAAUUAGAGCUACUGUAGGCAUUCUGAUAACAACCAUUACUUCAAAAGGGGAAUUACAGAAUUGGCCUGAACUCUUACCAAAGCUUUGCAGCCUGUUGGAUUCUGAAGAUUACAAUACCUGUGAGGGUGCAUUUGGUGCUCUUCAGAAGAUAUGUGAAGAUUCCGCUGAAAUUUUAGAUAGUGAUGCAUUGGACCGACCACUCAAUAUCAUGAUACCUAAAUUCUUGCAGUUCUUCAAACACAGCAGUCCAAAAAUAAGGUCUCAUGCUGUUGCAUGCGUCAAUCAGUUUAUCAUCAGCAGAACUCAAGCGCUUAUGUUGCACAUAGAUUCUUUUAUUGAGAAUCUUUUUGCACUGUCUGGUGACGAGGAUCCUGAAGUACGUAAAAAUGUUUGCCGUGCUCUGGUAAUGUUGCUGGAAGUUCGAAUGGAUCGCCUGCUUCCUCAUAUGAUUAGUAUAAUUGAUUAUAUGCUUCAAAGGACCCAGGACCAAGAUGAAAAUGUGGCUUUGGAGGCUUGUGAAUUUUGGCUGACUUUGGCUGACCAGCCAAUUUGUAAAGAUGUAUUAUGUCGGCAUCUUACUAAGUAAGUAUUAGGAAUUAAAACUCCUAGUUAAUUUGAAAUAGUCAUCUUUAAACUUCAGUUGACUUGUUCCUGGUUACUCUUAUGGAGACUGUAUCUAACUUCUUGUAUGCUUAGAAGGAGUUUUCUGUAGCUAGUUCUUGUACACAAAGGUCACUGAGAAGACUUUGAAGGAUUUCAGAGUUGGCUCCAGAAGCAACCUGUGUCCUUUGCCUCAUCAAGUAUAUCCAGGUCCCUGAGCGAAAGCAAUGCCACAAGUGGUUUUGUCUUUAUCUGAAGCAGGAAUAACCCAGACUAUCUUCCCUAGCAGAUUCUUUACGCGCACCACAGGAACUUUAUGCCCCUCUGCAUUACGUAAAAAUUCUGCUUGGGCUGUGCCAGCCCUGUUGGCAGAUUCCCUAUUGUUUACCAACCAGGUGGCCUUUGUUAAAUGUGUAUCCCAGUGUUUGAAAGUCCCACCAUCCA